CAUUGAUCUUUCUCGGAUUCGAGAAGAGCCCACUGGAGCAUGCUAUGUAUAAGCGAGGUCAAGGAAGGGAUCGUCUACUAGUUGGCAUCUAUGUCGACGACCUAUUGAUAACCGGAGCGGAUGAGGAGGAGAUUGCUAAGUUCAAGCUACAGAUGAAGGAGUUAUUCAAGAUGAGUGAUCUAGGCUUGUUGACCUACUAUCUUGGGAUCGAGGUGCAACAAAAGCUGGGUGAGAUCACACUAUGCCAGGAGGCAUAUGCAAAGAGAAUACUCGAGAAUUGUGGCAUGGAAGAUUGCAAUCCAACUCAAGUUCCAAUGGAACCUCGGCUUAAACUAAGCAAGAAGAGCGAAGCACCCGCGGUUGAUGCAACGGAGUAUAGGAGUGUGGUCGGAAGUUUGAGAUAUCUCGUGAACACAAGACCAGACUUGGCCUAUUCCGUUGGCAUUGUGAGUCGCUACAUGGAAGCACCCACAACAGAACAUUGGGCAGCGGUGAAGCAUAUACUCAGGUACAUCAAAGGGACAACUGACUACGGUAUUGUCUAUUUGAAGGAGAAGGGGAAGGUGAAGAUACUUGGCUAUAGUGACAGCGACAUGGCAGGCGAUGUUGACGACCGUAAGAGUACCUCGGGCGUGGCAUAUUUCCUUGGAAAUAGCAUCGUAAGUUGGCUAUCACAGAAGCAAAAGGUAGUUGCAUUAUCUUCCUGUGAAGCUGAGUAUAUAGCAGCUGCAACCGCGGCGUGUCAAGGUGUGUGGCUAGGAAGGCUACUCGGUGACCUCAUGAACGAGGAAGCGGAAAGGGUGGUGCUUAAUGUUGACAACAAGUCUACAAUCUCUUUGUGCAAGAAUCCGGUGCACCAUGAUAGGAGUAAGCACAUUGAUACCAGGUAUCACUACAUACGGGAGUGUGUAGAGGAGAGCAAGAUUGAUGUCAACUAUGUUCGCACCGAUGAUCAGCUUGCAGAUAUUCUGACCAAGUCUUUGGGUCGACUGAAGUUCUUGGAGAUGCGACGAAGGAUCGGCGUCCAAGCUGUGAAGACGAGCACAUCGUGCUUAGGGGGGUGAUUGUUAGAACUAAUCACUCUCGACAUCGGCAAGAUGUCGUGUGCGUCGUAGUUUCCGUAUACGUCUAGGAGAGUCUAAACCGGAUUUAGAACCGGGUCGGCGUCGUGUUGGGUUUGUACCGUGUUGGACGCUGAGUACACCACCGAGUAGGAGUCAGGUUAGCCGUGUAUAAGUAUACGUGUAACCAGCACUUGUAAACCACCACAUCGUGAAGCAAUAAAAUCAGGCUCGAUACGGGCCUGUGGCUAUACAUCGUUUUCGUGACUUACGUGCAUACUAGUCUGAUUGAUAAAUCGUGAGAUUGGUUUGCUUGUUUGUUGUACGUGCGCAGGACGUCGUCUCGCCGGAAUCACUUCUUCGUCUACGCCGGAAGUACGCGGCGAUUGGGGCUGGGCCAACAAUUGUUAGAACUAAUCACUCUCGACAUCGGCAAGAUGUCGUGUGCGUCGUAGUUUCCGUAUACGUCUAGGAGAGUCUAAACCGGAUUUAGAACCGGGUCGGCGUCGUGUUGGGUUUGUACCGUGUUGGACGCUGAGUACACCACCGAGUAGGAGUCAGGUUAGCCGUGUAUAAGUAUACGUGUAACCAGCACUUGUAAACCACCACAUCGUGAAGCAAUAAAAUCAGGCUCGAUACGGGCCUGUGGCUAUACAUCGUUUUCGUGACUUACGUGCAUACUAGUCUGAUUGAUAAAUCGUGAGAUUGGUUUGCUUGUUUGUUGUACGUGCGCAGGACGUCGUCUCGCCGGAAUCACUUCUUCGUCUACGCCGGAAGUACGCGGCGAUUGGGGCUGGGCC